AUGACCACGAUGAGCGACAAGCUGGAGCCCCUUGCAAUUGUUGGCAUGAAGUGGCGGUUCUCUGGCGAGGCGAACUCAGCCAGCGGCUUUUGGGAUGUUCUUACCAAUGCGAGAUCAGCUAAAUCUCGCAUCCAAGCGGAUCGCUUCAACGUCGACGCACACUAUCAUCCAUCAGCCGAUCGGAAUGGAUCAAUCAUUAAGGAAGGACACUUCCUGAAAGAGGGCAUUGCCGCUUCGAUGCGCCCUUCUUCUCAAUGGCAGCAGCGGAGGCAGAGAGCAUGGACCCUCAGCAUCGCAUUCUUCUGGAGGUCACUUAUGAGGCGUUUAAGAAUGCUGGGACUCAGCCGGGAUGCCGAUCGAAUCCCAUGGUUGGCUGCUUUACUUGAGACCGAAAUCCACACCAUGUCCCGUACGUGUCAACUGGUUGUGGUGCCUGCAUGCUGGCGACCCGACUUAUCGUAG